AUGUCGGCCACCGCGCGGGCGGCCACCUUGCGGUCCCAGAUGUUGAGUUUGAAUUCUGCAUCUGGCAAUGCAAGUGCAUCUCAGCAGUUGAUGACUCGGGCGUAUUCCCUCUCAACAUUGCAACCAUCGGCUUUGGCGAACAGGACACCUCUCCUUCAACGCGUCAACCCUCCAGUCUCCCAACUCAUCUCCCCGUACACUGCCCUCCCUCUGACGAGAUCAUUCCAUGUUGCCACCCCUCGCUGGCAACAACAGCAAAAGGAAAAGCAGUCUGAGGAUUCCGAGAAAUCCGAGUCCAAAGACAAGGAAAAGGGCGAAGAGAAAGGUGAAGAGCAAGGUGAAGAGGCCAAGGGCGAAGGAAAGAAGGAUGCGCCUCCGCCGCCCCCUCACGGAGACAAGUCUCCCUGGCAGGUUUUCACGGAGACUCUUCAAACGGAGUUCAAGGCUUCCAAAGAGUGGAACGAGUCUACUAAGGCUCUUGCGUCCUCCGCGCACGAGUUCACUGAGAACGAGAACAUUAAGCGGGCCCGUGCCGCCUAUGAGGCUGCUUCUAGUGCCACCACCUCCAAAACCUCAACUGCGUUCAAGACAACUGGCCAAGCUAUCGGCAAAAGUGCAGCAUGGACAUGGAAUACACCGGUCGUCAAAGGUCUCAGAAAGGGUGUUAACGCAACUGGUUCGGGUCUCGAGAAAGCCACUAGGCCCGUGAGAGAGACUGAAGCGUACAAGACCGCAGUUGGUGGGGUUAAGGAUGCUAUUGAUGAUGGCAGUAGCUCUCGCUACGGUGGAUGGGUUGAAAAGGAGGAGCGUCGCAAACAACGACAACUGCGAGAAGAGAUGGAAGCCAAGUCUGGGCGUCGCAGGGCUGAACCUAUGGUUGAAGAUCCAGAGGCGGGCACCAACAUUACCAUUCACAAAGACUCCGCGUGGAAGGAAUCGUGGCGCGAUUUCAAGGAUUCAAACCCUAUGAUGCAGAGACUCUUUACGAUGAAGGAAACUUACAACGAGUCCGAGAAUCCCCUUAUCAUUACGGCACGCAGUAUCUCGGACCGAAUUGGUGGAUUCUUUGCGGAGAAUGAGACUGCCCAAGUCAUCAAGAGAUUCCGUGAAAUGGACCCGAACUUCCAACUUGAAGCGUUCUUGAGAGAAAUGCGCGAGUACAUUCUUCCGGAAGUCCUUGAUGCUUAUGUCAAGGGAGAUGUUGAAACCCUCAAGCUUUGGCUCUCAGACGCCCAGUACUCUGUUUACGCUGCUCUGUCGAAACAAUACACCACCGCUGGUCUGAAGUCGGAUGGCCGCAUUCUUGAUAUUCGUGGUGUUGACAUUUCCCACGCCCGUAUGCUGGACCCAGGUGACAUCCCCGUUUUUGUUGUGACCUGCCGCACACAAGAAGUCCAUGUGUAUAAGAACGCAAAGACCAAUGAGCUCGCUGCCGGUAUGGAAGACAAAGUACAGCUGGUCACUUAUGCCAUCGGUCUCACCAGAAUUCCCGAGGACGUCAGCAACCCCGAAACCAGAGGAUGGAGAUUGAUCGAGUUGCAGAAGGCUGCCCGUGACUACAUUUAA